AUGAUGGAUCUCUCCAAGGCCCUUGCGUGGAUCAAGCAAAACGUCCAGCCCUACCUCCCCCUCACCAGAAUCACCUGCGUCACCGUGGGAAACGAGGUGCUCUCUGGCAACGACACGGCGUUGAUGGCCAAUCUCUUGCCGGCGAUGCAGUCCGUCUACCAAUCCCUAGUCGCCCUCGGGAUUGAUGAGCAAGUCAGCGUAACCACUGCCCACUCCUUCGCCAUUCUCGCCAAUUCGUUCCCCCCUUCCUCUGGCUCCUUCCGCCAUGAUCUCUACCACUACCUUCAACCCCUGCUCAAUUUCCACUCCCAGACUAAGUCCCCUUUCCUCAUCAACGCCUACCCUUUCUUCGCCUACAAGGCAGACCCCGACAGGGUGCCAUUGCAGUACGCCCUCUUCGAGCCAAACCCCGGCGUCACCGAUCCGAUCACCAAUCUGAAGUACGACAACAUGCUCUACGCCCAGAUGGACGCUGCUUACUCCGCCAUCAGGGCAAUGGGGCACACGGACAUCGAUAUCAGGAUCUCCGAGACGGGGUGGCCGUCCAUGGGGGAUCCAGAGGAGGAAGGUGCUACGCCGGAGAAUGCCGCCGCCUAUAAUGGCAAUCUGCUGAAGAGGAUAGCCAUGAACCAGGGGACCCCGUUGAAGCCCUCGGUGCCGAUCGACGUCCAUGUCUUCGCACUGUUCAAUGAGGACAUGAAGCCUGGGCCCACCUCGGAGAGGAACUAUGGCUUGUUCUACCCAGACGGCAGUCCGGUCUACAACAUCGGCCUGCAUGGUUCUUCUCUGCCGUCUUCGUAUUCUUAUUUUUCAUCUUCUUCCCAGAGAACGGUCUGUCCAAAUCUCCCUUCUUUCUUUCUUCUUCUUCUUCUUCUGGUUCUUCUCUCUCUGAACUGGUUUUUCCGCCCUGCAGGAGAGGAUGAUACCCGUUCUGGGUCUUGUGUCGCCCUUGCUCUUGCUGGCUCUUCUCUGAGAUCGGUUCGGAUUCAGCACCAGCAGCUGUUUGGAGAGCUGCUUCGGCCAGGAAGGAGAAGCAGAGAGAAGGAAGGGGGAGUCUGA